AUGAUUGUUACACUACUGCUCAUUUUAUCAGUUUUUCUGCCAGCAGAUUCCUCUUGCCCUACUAAAUGCAGUUGUAAAGUCAAAGAUGCUAUCCAUUGUCUUGGCAAUUCUAUCACAGACAUUGCUUCUUUAUAUAUACCCUCUAACUAUACAUACAUUUUCAUAAAAGAUACUCUUGCAACAGAAUUGACAGAGAAGAGUUUGGGGCAAAUGCCUGUGGCUUUACGCCUGAUCUUGGAAUCCAAUCAGAUAAGUUCAAUUACAUCUGGAGCUUUUAAUGGUUUGCCACUUCUGAAGUCAAUCAAACUUACAGACAACAAAUUAGAAACUCUGCCUCCUGGGGUGUUUAAUUCACUGAGUAACCUUCAACAGUUAUUUAUUGAUAAAAAUAGCCUGGUACGCCUUGAUUCAAAUGUAUUUGAUCACUUGGAAAAUUUAGAGCAACUUAUUUUAAAGAGAAAUAAUCUCAUGGAAUUGCCAGAUGGAAUACUAAAGAAUCUAAAAAAUCUUGCAACAUUAAAUUUGUCCAAUAACAAAUUAUCAGUUUUGCCUAGAAAUGUAUUCAGCAAUUUGACCAAGCUAGAAUCCCUUGUUCUCUAUGAAAAUAAAUUGGUUGAAAUUUCUUCAUGGAUGUUUGCUGAUCUCAGAAAUCUAUUAGAACUUUUGUUGUAUUCAAAUAAUAUCCAAUCUGUUGCAUUUGAUGCAUUUCAUAAUUUACCUAAACUACACACCCUAAAGCUUGCUAAAAACAAACUAAAAACAUUACCUGAUGGACUAUUUUUUAAUUUACCUUAUAUGACUUCAUUGUCUCUUUAUGCAAACCCAUUAGUUAAUCUUCCAAACGUGUUGUUUUGUAAAAUGGAUAAGCUCAUGUCUUUUUGGUUAUACGAUACUGAACUUACGAUAAUUCCAAAUAUGGUUUUCAGCAAUUUUUCAAAUUUACAGCUCCUUGUACUGACCAGGAACAAGAAGCUUCAAAGUCUUCCUAAGGAUGCAUUCAGUGGUUUGGGUAAUAUUUUGGAAUUAGCAUUACAUUCAAAUAAUCUGAGCACUCUUGACAAAGAUGUCUUCCAAAAUCUACACAAAAUAAAUAUUAUUUCCCUCUACAACAACAACCUUAAUAGUCUCCCAGGAAGUAUUUUUCACAAUCUUACAAACCUUGAAUAUGUUUAUCUAAAUAAUAGCAACUUGCAGACACUUCCAGGGAACUUUUUCAAACCAUUGCCCAUCCUUAAAAUGGUCCGUCUAGAUGGAAACCCCUGGACUUGUGAUUGUGCGUUUGUAGAUUUUAAUGCAUGGCUUCAGCAAAAUAAAGAUAGAGUGCAAUAUGUGAGCUCACUUCUUUGCAAUGCUCCAGAAUCACUGAAGAACACCUCAGUACUGAAAAUUGUUGAUCCCCUCUGCUUGAAAACUACAGAUGAAUAUACUACUCCAAAUUUGGCAACAUCUUCAUAUACUUCAGCACAUCAGUACAGCCAACCGAUAAGCACCACACCCAUUGAAGCUGUAUCUCCUACUGUAAUUAUGGAGUUGCUUAACUCAUCUGCACACAGAUCAACAUUUCUUACCACCAAAGAAUGGAAAGACUAUACAGGAACCUUUGCCACCAAAACGGUUUCCACAGAACAAUUUUACAUAAUUCAUGAUAAAGAAACUUACAACUUCAAGUUAAGAUGUAAGUUGAUUUUUAUUCUUUACAUGUCUGUUGUUGUAAUACACAUUUUUAUCACCAUGAUGACAUGUUUUGUAUUGUUUAAAAUUCGAAAACUGUUCAGAUACUUUGAUGAAUUUAUUGAACCUGUUGUCUUAUUACGCAUUUUAAUACCACUUCAACUGAAGCAAAAUUGCCCGCAUCUGUAG